UACUCCCUCCGUCUCUGGUUAUUCCGCGGAGAAGUUGCAGAGGAGAAGGGGGGGAGGCGGAAAUGGUGAAGUUUUCACGGGAGUUGCAAGCGCAGCUGAUCCCCGAAUGGAAGGACGCCUUCGUCGACUACCGCCAGCUCAAGAAGCAUGUCAAGAAGAUCAAGCUCUCCCUCCUCCGUUCUUCCUUCCCUUCUUCUUCCUCCUCAGUUGACCACCACAACGGAGGUGGUGGUUUCUCUCUCUUCGACCCGGUUCGCGCAUUCGCCGCCCGUUUCUCCGCCCCCCGCAGUGACCUUCCUCCGAUUGAUGAGGAGAAUCUCUUCGAAAUGGUUCCCGUCCAAUCUAGAGAAGACGAGGUGAAGGAGUUCUUGGAGAAGUUGGAGCAGGAGUUGGAGAAGGUGAAUGGUUUCUACACCAACAAAGAGAACGAGUUCUGCGACCGCGGCGAGAUCCUCAGCAAGCAGCUCCAGAUCCUCGUGGAUCUGAAACAGCUCCUCCACGAACACCGCCGCCGCCGCCACCAGCGGAAUGCCCCUCCAUCCCCUGCUGGCGGCAGCGUGACCUCCCUCCUCAGCAGCGCCUCCUCCUUCUCCGUGGAAGGAGAGCCAGAGAGCCCAGCAGCGGGAACAGAGGAGCGGGACAGCCUUAGUGACGAGGUGAUAGCGACGCUGGAGAGGAACGGCGUGAGCUUCCUAGGGCUAGGGAAGGCGAAGGCGAAGAAGGCCGGGAAGCUGAGGACGGCCACGUCGCUUAGGAUCGACAUCCCACCGACGACGCCAGCCCGAGCCAUCUCGAUGGUCUGGGAGGACCUCGUCAACAGCUCCCGGAAGGAGGGCUCAGUCGGCGGCGAUCAUGUCAAUAGGAAGAAGCUCCUGCGCGCCGAGAAGAUGAUCAGGGAGGCGUACGUCCAGCUCUACCGAGGGCAUGACCUGCUCACAACCUACAGCUCCUUAAACAUGGAAGCCUUCAGGAAAAUCCUCAAGAAGUUCCAGAAGGUAUCGAACCAACGACGAGAAUCGGCCACCUUCUUGAAGAAGGUUAAGAGGUCGCACUUUGUCAGCUCGGACAAGGUGAUAAAGCUGGCGGACGAAGUGGAAUCCAUAUUCACAAAGCACUUUGCCGGCAGCGACAGGAAAAAAGCCAUGAAGUUCCUGAGACCUCAGAAGCCCCGGGAAUCCCACACCAUCACCUUCUUCGUCGGUCUGUUCACGGGCAGCUUUGUGACUUUGUUCGUUGUGUACGCAAUCUUGGCUCAUUUGUGUGGCAUCUUUUCUUCCUCAAGUAGUGAUGAAGCCGGUUAUAUGGAAACCGUUUACCCCAUCUUCAGCAUGUUUGCGCUCCUUAGCCUGCACAUAUUCUUGUACGGCUGCAACAUAUUCGCGUGGAGAGGCACCAGAAUAAACCACAACUUCAUAUUCGAGUUCUCGCCAAACACAGUUCUCAAGCACAGGGAUGCCUUCCUCAUCAGUGCAUCCUUGAUGACUGCGGUCGUCAGUGCGCUGGUCGUCCACCUCCUGCUUCGAUCUGCCGGUGUCUCCCAGCGGCACGUCGAUGCCAUACCCGGAGCUCUCUUGCUGGUAUUCACGGCACUACUCCUCUGUCCAUUUAACAUCUUCUACCGCUCGACACGCUAUUGCUUUCUCCGAGUGAUGCGCAACAUUGCGUUUUCGCCACUGUACAAAGUGCUGAUGGUGGACUUCUUCAUGGCUGACCAGCUAACCAGCCAGAUUCCACUGCUAAGGCACAUGGAACUCACAACAUGUUACUUCAUGGCGGCUGGAUUCAAAGUGCAUCCUUAUGAGACAUGUACUCGCAGCCACCAGUACAAGAUUUUGGCCUACAUUAUCUCAUUUCUUCCCUAUUACUGGCGUGCCAUGCAGUGUGUCAGGCGGUACAUCGAGGAGGGGUACGACGUCAACCACCUGGCCAACGCCGGAAAGUAUGUAUCGGCCAUGGUGGCAGCUGCCGCCAAGUUGAAGUACGCGGUGGAACCUACGCCCCUGUGGAUGGUCAUUGUUGUCAUCACAUCCACAGGAGCUACCAUCUAUCAGCUCUUCUGGGACUUCGUCAAGGACUGGGGGCUAUUGGACCUCAGCUCGAAGAACCUAUUUCUGAGAGAUGAUCUCAUUCUGAAGAACAAAUGCGUCUACUAUGUCUCCAUUGUUUUGAACUUUGUGCUUAGACUGGCAUGGAUUCAGAGCGUGAUGCGGCUUACGAUGGGGCAGGCUGAGCACCGGUUGAUGGAUUUCCUGCUAGCUUCGCUGGAGAUUAUUCGACGCGGGCAUUGGAACUUCUACAGGUUGGAGAAUGAGCACCUGAACAAUGUGGGCAAGUUCAGGGCUGUGAAGACGGUGCCGCUACCCUUCUGUGAGUUGGCUUCCGAUGAUUGAGGAACUGCAUGCCUAACAGUUGUACAUAGACGGACGAAGCUGGGGGCUCUUUUGGGAGGAUGCUGCAGAGCACAUCAGGAGAUGGCCUGUGGCGUCAAGCUUGGGAC